AUGGAGGAUGCCGUGUCCAUCAGGCCGGACUUCCUGCACGGCGCCGCCGACCCCUCCUCUGGCAAGCACCAUUUCUACGGCGUCUUUGACGGUCACGGUUGCUGCCAUGUGGCCUGGAUGUGCCAGGACAGGAUGCACGCGCUGGUCGCGGACGAGUACAAGAAGGCGGGCUCCGGCAACAGUGCCACGGCGGCAGCGGCGGAGCCGGCCUGGGAAGAGGUGAUGAAGAAGGGGUUCGCGCGGAUGGAUGAUGAAGCCGCGAGCCGCAGCAGCAACGGCGGCCUCGCCUGCCGCUGUGAGCUGCAGAAGCCCGCGCGGUGCGACCACGCGGGCUCAACCGCUGUCGUCGCGGUUGUCAGCCCCACCAGCGUAGUCGUCGCCAACGCCGGCGACUCCCGCGCUGUCCUUACCCGCGCCGGCGUCCCCGCGCCCCUAUCGGUCGACCACAAACCUGACCGGCACGACGAGCUAGAGCGCAUCCAGGAGGCGGGUGGCCGCGUCAUCUACUGGGACGGCGCAAGAGUGCUUGGCGUCCUUGCCAUGUCUCGAGCCAUCGGUGACGGCUACCUGAAGCCGUUCGUGACGGCGGAGCCUGAGGUGACGGUGACGGAGCGCACGGACGACGACGAGUGCCUGAUCCUGGCGAGCGACGGGCUGUGGGACGUGGUGACCAACGAGAUGGCGUGCGACGUCGUCCGGGCCUGCUUCCGUAGCAACGGCCCUCCGUCGCCGCCUGGCGCGCGGCCGAACGGCGUGCAGGGCGGGAAGGCGACGGUGCCAGCGCGGUGA